AUGGAAGGAAACUCUCUAUCACAGCAACAGAAAGUCGGAGACUGGAAUGGGAGAAAGAGAAAUAGAAAUCGAGAAAUCGACUUAUACAGUAAAUGGGGAAGAAUCGAUGAUGCACGCAACAUGUUUGAUAAAAUACCCCAUCCGCCAUGUCAUAGAGUACUCGCUCCACUAUCAUUUUCAAUCAUUUUAGGGCAUGGAAAGAGGAUCGUUAUGAUUUGGGCUUUGACUAAUAUUGCUUCGGGGACAUCUGAACACACAAAAGUGGUGAUUGAUCAUGGUGCUGUUCCAAUAUUUGUGAAGCUUCUUGCAUCUCCAAGUGAUGAUGUUAGAGAACAGGCUGUAUGGGCUUUAAGAAAUGUUGCUGGUGAUUCCCCUAAAUGUCAUGACCUUGUACUUGCACAAGCUUUACAGCAACUUAUUCAUUCAAAUGAUGAAGAAGUUUUGACAGAUGCUUGUUGGGCUCUUUCAUAUCUUUCAGAUGGCACAAAUGAUAAAAUCCAAGCUGUUAUUGAAGCAAAUGUGGAAAUGGUUGUUAAAAAGAGUAAGCUCAAGCUCAAAAAGCCACAUGAUAAUAACACCUUAGACCCUCCAACAACGAACUACAUUUUUAAAACCUUGAUUUCAGCCCUUGAAUCUCACGAGGAUUUAUUGCAUCCUCUUCCACCACCUGAGAAAAGCAAGGAUGAUAUACUUAUUUUUUUCAAGAUUUAUGAUCCCGUGAAGGAAGAACUCAGUGUUUAUCUAGUAGUCCUAUGGGCAGUAGCCAUCAUCGAUCCGCCAGUGAUAGCCUAUCUAAACCCCGGCCGCCUAUAA